CGAAUCGACGAAAACAAUAAUUUUGUAGAGAAGCGGCCGCUAUAUUUAGAAAUCGCUGCACAGCACGGAGCACGACAGGUGACGUUCUGUGCGUCCUUGGUCAGCCUUCGUUGUAGUUUACGGUGACAUACGGGGCUACGGGUGGUCUAGAUCAUGAAAAAUUCGUCUCUACUCCAAAACAACACCGAGAGACCCUCGGCUCUAGUGUGCAUCGCGUAUAGUCAAUUGAGUGCGAUGACCGGGAUUAAAGAUCCUACCGAGCCACCGAAAGUGGAAGAAAUAAAAGAAGAGAACAAGCAUGCCAUUUUAAAACUGAAUCUUACAGACUUAAAAAUCCAAUCCAUGCAAACUUUCCUCGAGUUCUCCAAGGAAAUGAUGCAAUCUUUCAAGUUGUUUUUAGACGAAUUAAAAGUUCAGUUCGAACAAUAUCGUAACGAUAAUCAGACUAUAGUUGAGUUAUUGACAUUGUCUAAUCUGCACAAAUGGACUCAACGUGAACAAUAAAUUAAAAAACGGGGAAGUAUCGAUGUUUUUUGAAAGAUUGAUGUUUUAAUAUAUAUUAUGAUUGAAAGCUGUGUAAUCUGAUUAAGAAAUUGAAACAGUUCAUAUUGAAAGUACUAUAGAUGUUCAAAUUUAUAAAAUUGUUUUAAUAAAAAAAGAAAUUGUAAUGAUAAAACAGUCGACUGUAAGUUGUUCUUAAAAAUACCCUAAAAAUAAGGAUUGAAUAACGCGGUAAUUUGUGAACGUUUGUAUCUCGAAUGUGAAUGUUUGAAU